AUGACACGGGCCGCAAACGAGCUGAAGAUGCGAUGUACCGAGCUCGACGACCAAGGCAACGUCACAAUGGUCAGCGGGGAGUUCAAGAAGAGCGAGCUGAUCGCGAAGUACGGUCUGCUCCCUCGCGAUCUCCGCAAGAUCGACUCGUCUCUCCUACCCAACAUCCUCAUCCGACCGACCGCUAUCCUGAUCAAUCUCCUCCAUAUCCGCGCCCUUAUAAAACACAAUCGCGUGCUGGUCUUCGAUGCAUACGGCACCACAGACUCAAAGUCCCAGUCCGUCUUCAUGUAUGAUCUUGACUCGAAGCUGCGCCAAAAAGAAUCAGCCGUGACCGGGAACCUGGCUUACGAAUUCCGCGCCCUAGAAGCCGUCCUCAUCAGCGUCACGCUCAGCCUGGAGAAAGAAUUCGAAGGUGUCAGCGAGCCCGUGAUGCGGGUGCUCAUGGAGCUCGAAGAGGACAUCGACAGAGACAAGUUGCGGUAUCUUCUCGUAUACUCCAAGAAGCUGGGUUCCUUUGAACAAAAGGCGAGAUUGGUGAGAGACGCAUUAAGCGAGCUCCUGGACGCAGACGACGAUCUGUCUGCGAUGUAUCUGUCCGAAAAGGCGGCCGGCACACUACGCGAAGAAGACGACCACACCGAAGUCGAGAUGCUGCUAGAAUCCUAUCACAAAGUCGCCGACGAAAUCGUCCAAGCAGCCGAGAACCUCGUGUCCAGCAUCCGCAACACCGAGGAAAUCGUCAAAGCCAUCCUCGACGCCAACCGCAACUCCCUCAUGCUGCUCGACCUGCGCUUCUCCAUCCUCACCCUCGCCCUCACAGCCGGCACCUUCGUCGCCGCCCUCUACGGCAUGAACCUCAAGAACUUCAUCGAAGAGUCUGACCUCGGCUUCUGGGGCGUUUCCGCCUGGUGCACUGUCUUCGGCUGCAUCGUCGCCGUCUACGGCAUCCGCAAGCUGCAGCGCGUCCAGCGCCUCAGCAUGUGGGGCCACGGCGGCGACAAGCACGUCGCGACCAAGGGGAACUGGGGCGUCGGCGCGUGGGGCGGGAAGAGCAGGGAUUCGUGUGGGCCGGGGGAGAGCAUGGGUGUGCCCAGGUUGAGGGCGGGCGAGAGUCUGGGGGAUUUGAUUCAGAGGGAGCGAUUGCUUGCGAGGCGGAUCGCGAAGGCGGAGGUACAUGCUGAGGAGGCAGCAAGGUCGGGGGCUCCUGGCGUGGGGAAGCUGCGCUUUUGA